UACUGCUGCAAUGUUGACGGUCUCGAUUAAUAUUAUCGAGCAUAGAAAUAGAACGCAUAGAACGCCCCGCACACCAUCGUUGUUUCAACCAGGGAGUUCGAGACAACAAGAGAGAGAAGUAGAGCCACCCAAAUAACAUCAGAGGAAUAAAGCGACCGAAGACAGGCUGCGAUAAACAUAGCUGUAUAUAGCUUAGCACGCAUGCUAACAUUGGCUUCUAGUUAGCUAGCUACGUCGCAACGGCCACGCAGAGAACAACAUCAGAAGGCGAUAGUUAGAAGACAGUGUUUACAACUGUAUUUCAAUGGUAUUUUUACAUAAAAGCAGGUUCGAGCAUUAUGUCCUGCUCUGGUAACCUGGUUUGGGAUGUUAACAAGCGUUCCAUUGGAUAUAAUGACCCGAAUGCUGUCAGGAUCAACUACUUAGGGAGAAGAGAAUUUGUCCAGCGGCUGAAACUCGAAGCGACACUCAAUGUGCACGAUGGCUGUGUCAAUACUAUAUCCUGGAACGAUACCGGGGAGUACAUCUUGUCAGGGUCGGACGAUACCAACCUGGUCAUCACAAACCCAUACAACAGAAAGGUCAAGGCAACCAUACGGUCGGGUCACCGGGCGAACAUCUUCAGUGCUAAGUUCAUGCCUCAGACCAGUGACCAGCAGAUCAUCUCGUGCUCUGGGGAUGGUAUCAUCUACUACACCCACACAGAGAAGAGCCCCGACAUCAACCGGCAGUGCCAGUUCACCUGCCACUACGGAACAGCCUACGAGAUUAUGACAGUACCCAACGACCCCUAUACGUUCCUGUCGUGUGGGGAGGACGGCACCGUGCGCUGGUUUGACCUGCGCACUAAGACCAGCUGUACUAAAGAGGACUGCAAAGAUGACAUCCUGAUCAACUGUCGGCGGGCGGCGACGUCUAUCUCCAUCAGUCCGCUGGUGCCCUAUUACCUGGCGGUGGGCUGCUCUGACAGCUCCGUACGCAUCUAUGACAGACGCAUGCUGGGCACCAGGGCUACGGGGAACUACAUGGGCCGUGGAACGACGGGCAUGUGUGUGCGCUUCGUUCCGGCCCACCUGUCCAACAAGUCGUGUCGUGUGACUUCACUCUGCUACAGCGGGGACGGACAGGAGGUGUUGGUCAGCUACUCUUCAGACUACGUCUACCUGUUUGACCCCAAUAAUGACCAGGCCCGAGAGCUGAAGGGUCCGUCCGAGGAGAGGAGGGAGGAGCUGCGGCAACCCCCAGUGAAGCGUCUCCGUUUACGAGGUGACUGGUCUGACACCGGUCCACGAGCUCGUCCUGAGAGCGAGAGAGAGCGGGACGGAGAGCAGAGUCCCAACGUGUCGCUGAUGCAGAGAAUGUCGGACAUGUUGUCCCGCUGGUUUGAGGAGGCCAGUGAGGCCCAGGGCAGCCGGGGGACCACACGCCCUCAGACACGCCCUCAGACACGCCCUACAGGCACUCUUCCUCGGAUAGAGGGGGCCCCCACCAUCCCAACACUCCCUACCAUACCCCCUCCACAAGCUGCCAGAGCCCUAGAGGGCUCUGUGGAAAUGGAGGCCUCCGCCAUCAACCCUGUACCUGUUCCCAUCUCCAAGUCCACCUCCUCCUCAGGGUCAUCGUCAACGGUUACAGCACAUCCUCCAUCAACCUCAUCCAUGGAAAGCUCGGUGCUUCCCUCAUGCGCCCUCACCUCUUCCCCAGAUUCAGAGCAGAGGAGUCAGGCAGACACGGCUGUGACCUCCACGCCAACACCCACACCCACCGCAGAGGCCACACUGUCUGAGUACGGCCCUCAUCGGCUGCCAGUAAGUUUAGUGUGUAGGCGCUUGCAGCGGCUGCUCCUGUUGGCCGACCCCCCAGGACAGAGUCAAGCCUCUUCCUCCACCGCAGGCACUGAGAGCCAAUCACAGGGGGCUGUUGCUGCUGCCACCAAGAUGGCCCCCCCUACAGAUUCUCCCUCGUCUGUGGUUAACAAACAGCUGGGAUCCAUGACUCUGGAUGAGCAGCAGGGAGCAUCAGAAGCUGUGAGUGCUGGAGCGAGUUCGGUCAAAGUGAAAACUCUGUCUGCGUCUGCCAGUGUAACUGGCACCUCGUCUGGGUCCGGGGCACCCAGCAGCAGUACUGGACCUGGAGGUAGCCGAGCCAGCACUGCAGAACCCGUCCUGAGUCUACACUACAGCACUGAGGGAACCACCACCAGCACCAUCAAACUGGACUUCACCGACGAGUGGAGCCGCAGAGCUCCUAGUUCCAGGGGCAGCGGAGCCUCCAGUUCCAGGGGCAGCGGAGUCUCCAGUGGAGAGUCCAAACCGUCAGAGGCAGCAGGGGCCGCCCAGACCAGGGAAGGGCCCUUGGCAGAGAGCUCUGCCUCAGAGAAGGUGGCUGUGUCGGAGCCCUCCGGCCAGAGCAGGUCUGCUGCUUCCCACACAGACCCACUGUGUGAGGCUGGGGGUGCCUCCUUCUCCAGCACCCAGGGCUCCACACAGGCCCAGGCCAC